UUCAAAAUUUGCUCUUGUAAUUUCGUUCAUAUUCUCCCAUCAAUGUUGUUAAUUGAAAAGCUAUGAAACAACUGAAAUCUGUGUCUGUGUCUGUAUAUAUAUGCAUACUGUCAUCUGUCAUAGGUCAAAUUGUGAAUUGUGGCUUUCACAAUUGUGAAUUCCUAAUCGAUAGCGAUAGACCACCCUUUGAGCCCAUCUGUGAAGGACUCUAUAAUCGUGAGCUUAAACUCAAGUAUCGCGAUAAAUGGGUAUCACAGGAUACCAAUUAUCGCAUUUGGGGCGCAAAUAUGACAAAACGAAGGAUAUUUAUAACAUUUUAUCAAUCCGAGUUAUGGAAAUGUUCGACGAAUAUAACAUGUUCACUUAAUUGGUUGCAUUGUGAGAAUAAUUUGGAUGUUGGGAUAACACUACGACCCGAUAAUAUAUAUUGCUUUCGUUAUAUGUUUACAUACGCAAGGGAUUUGCUGCAUAAUUGCCGUGCGGAAAUUUCAAAUGAAAUUGAUUUUCUGGCCAUACAUUAUGAACGUAGUGUACCCAAAUAUGAUGAUUUUGGUGAUACUGGGCUAAUUUGUAAUUUGUGUUCAAACACAAAAUGUUGGCAUUUAUUUCAAUGGAUGUUUCCCAUAAUAAUAUAUUUUGUCGUUUGA